CGAUUCUGGUAUAGAUAAAAGGAAAAAGAAUUUACAUUUGAGACCUUGAUGAAAGCUUGUGGAUCUUGCAUUCCUGAAACAAUAUCGUGUAUCAAGUAUUCGUGCUUCUUUCCCUUUCAGGAGUCAUGGCGUUGCCGACGACGGUGCUCAAUCCGUUACUACUCCCUUCUUUCUCAGCUGCUUUGCUAGAAGCUCUCAAGAGAACCGGCGAGGAGCGUGUCGCUGCGUUUCACUUCCCAGGCCACGGCCGCGGCUCCUCAGCGCCCUCUUCGAUUUCCAAGCUUCUCGGAGCUCAACUCUUCCAGUUUGAUCUCCCGGAGCUGCCAGGCCUGGAUAACUUGCACUCGCCACAAGAAGCCAUAGCCGAAGCGCAGCAAAUGGCCGCCGUGCUUUUCGGAGCUGCAUGACAUGGAUCCCUGGAGU